GCUGCGCAUUGACCGUAGACUACUUUUAUUAAAAAGAAAAAAUGGAAAACGACGACAACCGCAACGAUCUUGCAUUUGGGAAAGUGAGUGAAGAAUGUAGAGAAACUCACGAACUUUCUUUCGAUGAUAAUUUUUCACCGACGAGUAGUAAUAUUGCCAGUUUAAACAACCAAAGUCAAGAAAAGGAAACAUGGCAAGCAGACGGUUACUUACAGUCUUUAGAGGGAAAGCUAGAAAGGCUUAAAGGGAAAACAAGCACAGGUCAAGCAUCCAACAAGAAAAUAACUUCCAGAGAUAUGCUCAGAACUCUCAAUGAGGCCAGGCACGAUUCCGCCAGACAUCUCAUCUCCUCUGACUCUGCUCAUGACUUCCAUGAUAGUGACUGUGAUGCAAGCGGUGAUCCUCAGGUAGCAGCCUUGACGAGGAGGAUGUUCCCUGAACAAGCCUUAUCAGCUGAAGAGCUUCAGGAGUUGUUGAGGAGAGACUUCUUACAAGCAGUAACUCAAGAAGCUGCCGAGGAGCAAACCGAUGAGGAGACUUCUGGAAGCAGAUGAUACCAAGACAAUGGUUUACCCCAUUAAAAAGGAGAAUUUAGUGAUAGACUGAAAUAAUACCUCUAUCUAGGCCUACUUCUGUCCUAAGUGCGAAAUAAGGAAUAAAUUGUUCUUAUAGAGUUGAUGAAAGUUCUCAACUAAGGAGCAUUUUUGUAUCCAUUACUGGCAGAAGCUACAGGAUUAAACAAAAAGAAUAACUGCUCAAGACAGUUUGUUCGUUCGUGUCUCCUUAGAUCAAGGUAGUUAUGUAAAGUUCCUUAAUUAAAAUUAAAUUAAAUGAAAUGAAAUUCUUCCAUCGCCUGAUUGCUGCAAUGGCCGUUUCAUUAACAAGGGCCAGGUCUUCAUCUGUGCAACCCGUUCCGACGCAUUGCAAGAUGUGGUCCAUCGUCUGAGUCUCUCCGCAGUCGCAGAGAGUAUCUCCUUCAUGGGCAUAGCCCCAUCUUGCUAUAUUGACCUUACACCGCCCCAUUCUCGUCCGCAUUCGAUUUAGGCAUUGCCACUCCGGCCACUUCAGGUUAAGUCCUUUGAUGAGUAUGGGCUUGGCUGAUGGUGGAGGAUUCUGUUCAGGUAGUGGGACAGAAUCGAGGAAGCUGUGUCGGGAUAUAAGUCGGGUUCGAAUUUGUAAGAUAGUUAGAGUGUGUACAAAUACGAAUUGCUCUCUUCUGCAAAAGAAAUAUUGAGUUUCUUUUAGUUUUACUACAGUUUGCCCAUAUAAUAUUACAUUAUGUUAUAUACGGUCAAAUUAAAGUAUUAUAAAGAAUCUAUCAUUUAUCAAACAUUUCAUUUUAUACAAAAUACCAAUAUUCCGGGAUAUCAAAAUAUUUAUGUUAUGAAUGUGUUCGUUCCAAGACAAAUUUGAGUCAAUAAUAACUCCUAAAAAUUUUGUUGAUUGCUUUUCUACCAGGGAUAAACCAUCUAUAAACUUAUUACAUUGUGGUUGGUCUUGGGAGUUAAUAGUUCUAAAACGGAUAAAAUUAGUUUUACUUAUAUUUAAGGAUAAUUUAAUUUAAGGAUAAUUUAAUGUUGUAAGUAAUACGUGUGUAAACAAAAUCAUGCACAUACUUGUACUUGCAAUGUUUGUGCCCAUUUUUGGUAAAUGUAUUGAGGAUGAAAUAUCUUCAUGGUCAACACACUCUCCAUAGAUCUUCAAAUUUCAAUCACAACUACUGUAAAGGCAUGUACAAUUCUUUAAGAGUAAUAAUGGAGGUAUAAUGGCUCAGUGGUAGAGCAGUGGUCUUGUAACCGGGAGGUCCAGGGUUCAAACCAAGUCGAUAUGCUAGUUGCUUACUUACAAGCACAUGCAAAAGAAUCUACUGUGGCUUGUAGUUGAACAGGUGUAGAAAUAUAUUUUGUGUGCGUUAUUGUGGGCUUGAUUCCCCAUGAUGAGCCAUGCUGAAAACAUUUUGUCACAAAUUAUUUAUUAAAGAAAGGAAGAGGGACAGAAAGUACUUAAGAUACUAUAGAAUUUUUUGUGCAGACAUUUUAUAGAAUAUUUCAUGGAUGGUUUGUAUGUUUUGAUAAUUUUUUUUUUAAUUAUGAAUGUGAUUUUGUUAACCUUUUAGAUGUGCCACAAAAUCACACGUUGAACAGAUCCAUGAUUUAGAACUACACUGUAAAUCAAAUUCAUCUUGUAAAAGUAACUGAUUCCAAAAGGAUUUGAAAAGUGAUGAAGUCUAAUAUGCAGGGAGGUACAUGUAUAUUUCCCAAACUACAUUUUAUAGAUUCAGAAGGAUAUACAUGUACAUGUAUUUUGAACACAGAAAUGAUAAAUAUUUUCUUGGUAAUGUUUAAUAUAAUAUGGCUUCCAUGAUGAUGCAUUCCUGUUUGUUGUUCUUACUUGUCACUGAAUUGAUCAGUUCUGCAUUCUACAGAGACUCUCUAUUACACUUCAUUACCAUUAUCAUCAUCAUCUUUGUCAAUCAUGUGUUAAUUUGAUUUUUCUCCAGAGAUGAAAAAAAUUAAUUAUUAUGUGCUGUUAGUGAUGGAAAUUGUAUGUUGGGUUUUCUUUCUUUCUCUCACUUUCUCUCCAUGUUUAUCUUCAAAUUCUCUCUCUCUCUCUCUCUCUCUCUCUCUCUCUCUCUCUCUCUCUCUCUUUCUUACUUUCUUUCUUACUUUCUGAUUUAUUUUACUCCCAACAUUCCAUACCAUAAAUAUAAUACCAUAUGAAAUUAGAAAUAAGUCAUUGAUAUUUGAUGGUUUCAAUUUAUUAGCAAUAAAAAUCUAUAUGAUACACAUUCAAAAA